AUGGGCGCAUUUCAUGAUUGUUGUCGUCGCUCCAACACAAACGAAAACUCUUAUUCAGGAACUGGAAUAACACCAAGCACGGAGGCUCGCAGGCAAGCAGCUGCUGCAGCAGCUACUCAGCGUUUACAACAACUUGAGACACGAGGUGUGGAUCAAGAUGAAUAUCGUCGGUUGAACCAGCGUCGUAUUGAACAAGAACGUAUUGAGCAACAAAUGAAAGCGCAAAAACAAAAUAAUAAUAAUGAUGGUGGUCUUCGAUGGCAAAUGAAUUAA